AUGAGUUCCAACAAGAUAACAAGAGUGAGAACCGGUUGUUGGACGUGUAAGAAGCGGUACGUUUUUUUUCUUUUUUUUUUUUUUUUUGUCAAUCUAAAAUACUCGGUUUUAGUUUAGAGACAGGAUGGGGAUAUUUUGGUUGAUACUAACGAUAUAUGUAGACACCGGAAAUGCGAUGAAAGUAAACCAGUUUGCAAAAAUUGUUCUAGCACCAAUAGACAUUGUGAAGGAUACGACAUUAGAGUCUCGUUUGACAUUUUCCAGCACGAUCGCCAAGCGGGUGUGAAGAAACCAAAGAGUAAAGCUUUGCGGCACAGGGACAAGAUCAACGAUGAGCAUACAGCACUGCGACAUGACUCGUUGCCUCGAGAACACUUGUCUGCGAGUCUGAAUGAUGACGAGGGAAUUGAACAGGAGCACCAAGAUGAGCAGGAACAGGAGCAUGAACAUGAACGAAGCAGCGUUGAACCAGUCACGUCGAGCACAAAUUUGAACUACUUUAGCAGCGACUUGUUUGAAGAUCUCCAGACAUUGCUAUCAUCCGCAUUCAACGAAAAGCCCAAACCAGAUAAUCUCGAGCCUGGAGCCAGAUCAUUGACGCCGCCAAGUAUUGACCAACUCAACUUUGACUCUGAGAUAAUAAACUUUAUAGACAAGUCCAAGAUCUUUGAUGAAAGCCACAAGGAACUAUUGAACAGCCCUGAAAAUCAACAUGAAGGAGAUACGCCCAUUGCUGCACCAGAUGCAAACUCGCUUUUUGCCAUGAGCCAUCAGGAAGAGAAUAUGAUGUUGAAACACUUUUUCAAGAAACUACUCCCGUUGCUUGAUGGCCACCCGAAAUCGCCGUGGCCAGACUUGGCGUUGAAGUACUGUGAUUUUGACAUUGCGCGAAGCUGUUUUAUUUCGCUAGCUUGUGUCCACAUGUACGAAAGUCGAGCUGGCGGCAAUGAAUAUUACCAGAAAGGGUUGGCGCACAUCAACAAUACCAUGGACCAUUUGAUCCGGUAUAUCCGCGAAAAUGCAAACAAGGUCAAUGGACAAAAUGCAGACAGAAGCACCCUAAGCAAAGAGAAAGAUACAAGCAAGAAACAUAUCAGCUACUUUGUGAUUUUGGUCUUGAUGAAUGUCCACAUAUUGUUUGCCGUUGUUGAAAAGGGCAAAAGUUCCAUGGCGCGGGAUUUCUUCAAAGUGUUUGCUGGCAUAUGCAAAGAUGAAGAGUUUUUCAACGAUAUCUUGUCGCAAAAUAGCAAACAAAAGUCAUUGUUGAUUGUACUCAGUUGGUACGACACUGUUAGUGCAAUUGUCUCGCCCGACUGUCGCUUGCCAUAUUGCAUGCCGCUGUGGUACGGCACAGUACGCGAUGAAAUAUCGUCAUCUAAAAUGAUGGGCUGCCCCGGUGAGAUUUUCAUGGCCAUGUCCGAAGUAUGUACAUUGAGACAUAAAAAGUUUCACGGAAUCUUGACAACCGAAGAUAAAUCUAGAGCCUAUCAGAAUAUCAAAUACAAACUAAUGAGCUACCGUGACUAUGUGCCUACUUAUGACGAAGAGGCAAGCGAAGAUUACAUGAACAGAAUGAAGUGCGCCUUGUGCUGGUCGAUUGCAGUGUGGAUCACCCUCAUUAGAGUCUGUGAGCCAGUGGAGGCACAAGCCAUCACGAGCAAACUACUUGCUGAAUUCAUCGACAUUUACGGCCAGAUGGACUCGAAAUCGGCCAUAUUGACCCAAAUGGUUUGGCCCAUGUAUGCCAUUGGCUGCGAGUGCAAAACCGAAUUUGAAAGGAGUCACAUGUUGAUAUUCAUUGACGCGCUAUACGAAAACACCAAAAUGGGCACGAUCCACUCACUAAGGGAGGUUGUGUUGAAAGUGUGGGAGACCAACAGUAGCCAAGAAGAAUAUCUACUAGAAUGGUUAUCAAAGGGCGUCGAUUACCUACCACUUUGA